GUAUGAUAUUAUUUCUCACCCAUUUACAUACAUCACCAUCAUACAUACAUGCCAUCCUCCACAAGACUCACACUCCACAGCAUGGGCUUUUCACGGUGGCUCAACCGCAGUGUGGGCUUCUUCGUCUUCUUCAUCCUCGACAUUGUCGAUUUUUUGCUUUGCUUCACAUACAGGACGCUUGAUUUCUUCUUCGAGUCGGAGUGGAAACCCUGCUACUGUUGUCCGCCGCCCGAGGCCAAACAAGCGGCGGCCGGAGGGAACAGAGGCCGGAAAAUGAUAGUCUCGGAAAGAUCAGGAGAGUACUCAAAGGUGGUCUCGCUUACAAGAACAAAGAUCCAUUUGGAUGAGAUCUCCGACACACUCUACUCACGUCCUUCACUUCUUGCCAAGCUGGUGAAGUGCUUCAAAAAGAAUGCAGUGGAAUGCAGUGACGAGAGAUCAACGUCGACUAAGAAGAAGACACUACUAACCGUAAAUUCCACGGUGGUCGAGAAGUUGCAAAGAACACCAAGAUGGUCUGAUUGCCAUUGCACAUUCUGCACUUCUUGGCUUUCCUCUUCCAACUCUUCUCUUUUUGUCAACGUCCAACAACCCAAAGACAACAAGGCACAAGAGAACGUAGUGUUCAUACAUGGGUUCUUAUCAUCAUCCACGUUUUGGACGGAGACUCUUUUCCCAAACUUCUCAGACUCAGCCAAAUCGAAUUACAGGUUUUUAGCAGUGGAUUUGUUGGGGUACGGGAAAAGUCCAAAGCCAAAUGAUUCACUGUAUACAUUGAAAGAGCAUUUAGAGAUGAUAGAGAGAUCAGUGAUCUCUCAGUUCAGACUCAAGACAUUCCACGUAGUCGCUCACUCCUUGGGGUGCAUUUUGGCUCUUGCGCUCGCGGCGAAACACCCAGGAGCCAUCAAGUCAAUCACUUUAUUGGCUCCUCCAUAUUAUUCUGUGCCAAAGGGAGUGCAAGCGACACAGUAUGUGAUGAGAAAAAUGGCACCCAAGGAAGUGUGGCCUCCCAUGGCCUUUGCAGCCUCAGUGGCUAGCUGGUACGAGCACCUUAGCCGCACCGUCAGUCUAGUCCUUUGCAAGAACCACCAUUUGUUGGAAUUUCUCACCAAGCUUCUCACCAGAAACAGGAUGCGGACGUACUUAAUAGAAGGGUUCUUGUGUCACACACACAAUGCAUCAUGGCACACACUACACAACAUUAUCUUCGGAUCGGGGAGCAAGAUAGAAGCUUAUCUUGACCAUGUCCGUGACAACGUGAACUGUGACGUCUCCGUCUUCCACGGCGGCCGUGAUGAGCUGAUCCCGGUGGAGUGCAGCUACGGCGUCAAGAGAAGAGUUCCACGCGCCAGAAUCCACAUAGUCCCUGAUAAAGACCACAUCACCAUUGUGGUUGGGAGGCAGAAGGAGUUCGCUGGUGAGCUUGAGCUCAUUUGGCGCAGAUCCUGUACUACUUAAAUUCAUUUAAAUUAGUUAACCCAUCCUCGUUUAUAUAAUUAUAAAAAUACCAAACCCCAGUUCACCACUAUCAUUCAAAUCAUUAUUUUAUACCCAUUUACUUUUGCAUAUUUCAUUUACUGCAUCAUGUUAAGAACACAAAUAUAACUUUGCCUCUUGAUACUUUUUCAUUAUUAA